AUGUGUGCAGGAGGAGUGGGCAGCAGCAGGGAACAGGCUGGAAGUGACCCAGAUUCCCCGGGAUCAGUGGAGCAGACGAGACGCUACAAGAGCCAGUCACCAACAGUCCUCCUGCUCCAUCCCGCACACACCCUCCCCCACGACGGUCAUGGAGCCACGCAGAUGUGUGCAAACACGCUAAACAACAGCAAUGCAAGCUCCAGAACAUCAUGUGACCAGCUCUGUCACUGCAGGGCGGCCCAGUGUCAGGACACACAACACAAAACGACAGAAUAA